ACCAACACUCUAGCCAGCUAGUUGAAGCAACGUUGCAACGUUUGUUCCCACCCCAUCAAUCAAGAGGACCGUUCCGUUUCGUUCCUUCCAAAACCUCAUCGCAUCAUCAGUCGAUCCUCCUUUCAUAGUUUCCUUCCACCGACAUUCAAGCAAACCUGAAAGAACCGCCGCAUCGCUUUACCGUACACAGCAAAAGCCCAUGACAUCAUCCGGCAACAUGAAGAAACCGACCACUGACAGCUCCACUGACAGUACCGCUACUACGGGUACCGGAAGUGCAGAGACGAACAGGAAGCUGCGCCGUUUCAACUCCACCAGUUCAACGUCUUCUGAAUCUACUACUAGUAAUACCGACAGUGACAGCAGCAUUGCCGAGGCAAGCCAGAAUGACACAAGCAUGACCAAUGACAAUGACGACUUUCCGUUGCUUCCACCUCGAUGGUAUGCAUUUUUCGUGCUGGGCGCUCUGGCAUACGUCAUGUCACCCUAUGCCAAGUUCGUGACUGCCUUUUACAUUGUGACAUGGACCGCAAGUCCUGUUGCCGAUUGGGGCAUCAUCUGCCAGCUGGCCAAGCGUAACUUCAGUGGAAGACAUGACGGUCUACCCCUUCGCUUCAACCUCAUUGGCAUUGCCGUUCUUGCUUGGAUGACAUUUGUCAGAUUCCCACUGGAAUGUGUGCUUUGGUAUCUUGAUGAGAUUCUCUUCUCUGGCUACAAGGCAACCAAAGUGGAGGAGCCUCUGUUCAUCUUGGGACAGCCACGGUCGGGAACUACCAAGUUCCAGGAUGUCUUGUCCGCAGAUCAGGACUCCUUUUGCUCCAUGUACUUGUAUGAGAUUCGCUUCCCCUAUCUUACCGUUCAGUAUCUCGUCGAUUUCUUGAACAAGAUGGACCAGCUCUGCUUGGGAGGGCAAGGCUACAACUUGGCCGUUCGCAUGGGAGUGCUCAACCUUUUGCCAGAGUCGGGACAACGCAAGCAAAUGAGGCGCCUUCGAUAUGACUUGCCAGACGAAGAUGAUAACCUCCUCUUGUUCCACGGUCCUUACCACUUGUUGUUGACUGCGUUCUUCCCAUCCCAUGCCAAGAUGCUCUACCAAUUUGGCGACCUUCCCGAAACUUCUCGUGUCCGCAUGAUGAAAUUCCAUCAGAGAUGCGUGCAGAAGAUGAUGUACCGCCGUGGGCGUGGCAAGCGCUACCUGUGCAAGUGGGUGGCAUGUUGGAAUGGUCUCUUGGAGCAAUCCAAGCGAGUGUAUCCGGAUGCCAAGUAUGCCAUCAUUGUGAGGGAUCCCAGGGAACAGUUGCCGUCCUGGCUCAAGCUGCAGGGCGCGUUCAGUGAGCAAAUGGCUGGACACAAUGUGAUGCAGAUUCCCCAAGUCAGAAAGGAUGUCAUUGAUGUCAUGGCUCGGUGGCAUCAAAAACAGGCCGAGUUUUGUGCUUCCUCGUCAGCAGCCAAGCAUAUCAUCCAGUUUGAGGACUUUGUGCAGGACAUUCCCCGAGAAGUGACCAAAUUGUACGACUUUUUGGGACUCUCCAUCCAACCUGGCUCUUCCUUUCACAAGUCCUUGCUGGAGCACCGUCGCAACCAAUCCAACCACAAGAAGACUGUCAUCCGGAAACAGGAGGCUUUCAUUUCAGAACAAGAAAUCUUGUCGCGUUUUCCACCCCUCCUUCCUACAUUGAAGUCUCCUUCGCAGUGAAGGAUUCUAUCUCAACCGAUUUUAUGACUACACACGCAAACACGAAAAUCAGCCAGCUAUUGAAACCAUAGUUUAUAGUCCUUUCUCAGGGGCAAAGCAUAAUAGAAACUCACGACAUUU